GUUGUCCUCACCCAGUACACUCCAAGGUCCAACUUAAAGUUAGCAAUCUGUCCAUCUGUCAGACAGUCCUUCCUGACCAGGUCAGCAGAUUAGCAACUGAACAUCAGCGACAAAGAUGGGAGACUGGGGAUUUCUGUCAAAAUUGCUGGACAAGGUCCAGUCCCACUCCACGGUCAUUGGGAAGAUCUGGAUGAGCGUCCUCUUCCUGUUCAGGAUCAUGGUUCUGGGUGCAGGUGCAGAGAGCGUCUGGGGCGACGAGCAGUCGGAUUUCAUCUGCAACACUCAACAACCUGGUUGUGAGAAUGUCUGCUAUGACUGGACCUUCCCCAUCUCGCACAUUCGCUUCUGGGUCCUCCAGAUCAUCUUUGUCUCCACACCAACGCUGGUCUACCUGGGCCACGCUGUGCAUGUCAUCCACAAGGAGAACAAGAUAAGGGAGAAGCUGACGAGCCCCGGUGGGACGCGGCUACUCAAACUGCCCAAAUACACAGAUGAAAGGGGGAAGGUGACGAUCAAGGGGAACCUGCUGGGAAGCUACCUGACCCAACUUGUGUUCAAGAUCAUCAUUGAAGCCGCCUUUAUUGUGGGGCAGUACUACUUGUAUGGGUUCGUCAUGGUCCCCAUGUUUCCCUGCUCCAAGAGCCCCUGUCCCUUCACCGUGGAGUGCUACAUGUCCAGACCCACAGAGAAGACCAUCUUCAUCAUCUUCAUGCUGGUGGUGGCCUGCGUCUCCCUGUUUCUCAACAUCAUUGAAGUCUUCUACCUGAUUUGUACCAGGGUCAGAUGUGGGUCCAGGCCUCGCUCCCAUAAAGUCACCUCGGCUGAGAACCCAGCCAGCCUGUCGGGUACCAGGUGGCCGACUUCAGAAGACACACUCAAGCAGAACAAAAUGAACAUGGAGCUAGAGGGGAGCCAGAGCAUCGGUGGAAGCCUGGAUGGCGCUAAAGAGGAGAAACGACUUCUGAGCAGUCAUUAAAAACCACUUCUACAUUUUUUUUUGUUGUUUUUCCUCCACAGUUCCUUGUUCACAAACAUCUCAGAGACUGAAGUGAAGAGUUCUUACGAUGUGGUGUAUAAAUCAUCAAAGAAAAGCUGUAUCAUUGUUAAGGAAAGUCAUACAUUGGCAUAUUUUUAGGGACAUGUUGGAAUUUUACUUUUUUUUGUAUUUUCUAAUAAUGGAAAGCGUGCAAUAUUGAUAAUGUAUUUAUGUUCUUCCAUACUUGUUAAUCUAUUAGUAAGCAGAGUUUUGUCUAUGCCCAGUUAUUGAAUGUGUCCUGUCAGUUGUUGCCACGUUCAUUAUCCAGGACUUUGCUCAUUGACUGGUGAACGUGGUGGAGGUGAUGAUUGUGGGGAAGAGUUUGUUUCUACUGCAUAUGGUUGAGACAUUUUUGUGAACUGUAUUGUUUUUAAUAAAUGAUUAAAGUAAAUAA